AUGGCCGAGUUUACGUCCGUGGUACCCCACAGGCGGUGGUGGCGCAAGGGGGCCGUGGCGCCGAUGGCGACGCCGAUCGACUACCGCCUCAUGGCCAACACCGUCGUGCACAAGCUCAUGGGCCAGCGCCGCGUGAGUGCGCUCGCGGCUUUUCCCGCGCUUGAUCUCACGCGCGGGACCGACCGCUGGCCCCUGCGCACGGGGUACCUCGGGUCGUUUGCGGGCGACGACAUGAUCCUCACGCUGCACGACGCCCAAGUCGCUGGCCACCACGCCAAAGUAACCUGCCACAAGGACAAGUACUUUGUCGAGCCCGUCGCACAGCACUCGACGUACCUCCAGAUUGCCUCGCGCGGUACCCACCGCGAAGGCUACCCGCUCCAGAACGGCGACGUCUUUGAGCUCAGCGAGCUCUUUAUCAUCACCGUCCUCGAGAUUGAAGUCAACUCGUCGACGUCGCCCGCGUCAGCGCCGCCAGCGCGAAGCUCCAAGGUGCAGUUUGGCCACGUGACGCUCGACACCAAGCCCCCGCAGCACAUCUCGCUGUCGCCGCCACCCAAGCUCCAGAAGUCAACCCGAAUCGAAACACCAAAGCUGCUCGUGCUCCAGCUACAACGCAAGCCCGAGGCCUUCCGCGUCGCCGCCCACUCGCUGCGCUCGAUCGAACCGGUCCAAGUCGUCACCUUCAGCAACCAUGCGUCCGUGCUCAUCGGCAGUCUCCCGGGUUGCGACCUCUACGCCCCCGAGCUCUGCCCGAUCCACGCAAAAAUUGAGUUUGCAAAUGGCGACUACGUGCUCUCGGACGUAGCCUACGGCACGCGCGUCUUCCUGCGCAACCCCGUGCAGAUUGUGAUCGGCGAUCAGCUCGUCCUCGGUGAGACGACGCUCACGGUGGACGAGGCGCCGUCGCCGCCCGUGCCGACGGCCGGCCUCGCGAUCUCGCACCUGCGCAACUCGGUGCGUCGCAAGCGCAAAGCCCACGCGCCGUUGCAUGUGGCGCUACCCCGCGACAAGACCCUCAACAUUGGUCGGGCCACCGAAUGCGACAUUGCCCUUGGCUGCUACGCGCUCAAGCUGCUGCAGUUCUCGGUGCACCACACCCAACAACGCGUGAGUGUCCGCCCGCUCUUCGGUGCGCUCAACCAAGGCGUGUACUUUCUCUUGCACCGGAGGGCGCCACGUCACGUGCACUUCUUUGCCGACAAGCAAGCCAUUUCGCCACCGGUCGUCGCCCGCGGCCUCCAGCUCGCACGCGACACAGUGCUGCGCAUCGGCAACUCGGAGCUCGAAGUCGUCGCAAUCAAGGAGAAGAGCGAUCGAACGCUCUCGCAGGGCAUGCAGAACAGGUACUGGAACGAACGCGUGGCCGUCUUGCAAAAGCUACCGUGGCUUCUGCUACAUUCGAUCCCGAACGGGCUCACCGAGAUCACGUACCUCGCUUACCACGCCAAGGAAGUCGAGUUCCGGGCCGGCGAGAGUAUCUACAAGCAGGGCCACGACGCCUUGAACACCUACGUCAUUUUGGAAGGCCACAUCAUUCUGCACCGCAACGGCCAGCGCGACGGCAAGUACUUGGAGCAGCUCGGGCCGGGCGACUGGUGCGGCGAAGUCGCGCUGCUCCGACCCCCCGCGCGCCUCAUUGCAGCCUACGACACCCAUGCAAUCGCCCAGACCAACGUCGCGUGCGUCGUCUUGUCUGCACGCGAUCUCUACUACAUGUGUGGCAACUACCGCGAGCUCUAUCAAGUGCCGCUAACGCGGGGCAUCGUCGAGCGAGAGGUCUUGCAGUCGCUCAAAGAUCUCCACGGCCUCGAACGCGUGUGCCCGACGCUACUCCAUCGUGUUGGCUUCAGGCUCAAACUCUCAAGUUUCCCAGCCGGCACCGACUUGAGCGCGCAAGGGCUCGGUCUCUACUGCCUCGUGCGUGGCUCAGUGCUUUGCAAGUACGAGGCCGACGAGACAACGGUGCGCACGGCUUGCACGUGGUUUGGCGAGCUCACGUCCCUAUCGUCGCCCCCGCUCUCGGUACACGCGCAAGACGCGGUCAGCUGCUAUACACUCAGCCUCGAAGAGUACAAGCGGUCGAUUGAGCUCAGCUUGGUCCCGCCCACGCGCAACGACCCGCGACUUCAAGUGGGCGCGCGGGACCGCGGUCUCUCCCGCGCCGACCUCUCGCACGAGACGGCCAAGAAGGAAGCUUCGGGUACGUGAUGCUUUGAAACCGAGACAAUGAUUUGGCUGCAGCCCACUCGUUCCUCACGCCCAAGCUUGGCGACACCAAAGCGUUUUGGAUGGCGACCUUCGCCGAGCACAUGGCCGACGCGCUCAUUGACGAGGGCUCGGGCAACGUCAUCAAAAAGGUCGAAGCCGACGCGUGGCGGCAAAAGAAGCGCAACGCCCACCUCCUCCACGCGCGCCUGCAGUACCUUCAAGAAACCGACAACAUCGAGUAUGCGCUCGUGCUCUACGUGCUCUCGGGGCCCAACCGCGGCGACGUUCACGUCGUCUACAACUGCGCCGUGAUUGGCAACGAUGCCGACGUGGCCUCGAUCGUCCUCACCGAGCGCGAUGUCGCACCGACGCACGCCUGGAUCUACCACCGCAACGGCGCCUAUUUUGUGCAGGACCUCGGGACCUCGCUGGGCACGUUCAUUCGACUCAAAGACAACGAAGCCACGUCCGUGCGCGUCGGCGACGUCCUUGUCGCGGGCGAAACUGAGUUUACAUUGUUGGGCUCGCCCCCGACGCACCCCCCCGCCCACGCCGCGUCGUCAUCACUAUGUAGUGUGCAGUAGUCAAAUGACCACCCAUCAGUGCC